CGUCUUGCCUUCCUUGACCUUCUUCUUCCUCCAAGGCCUUGCAGGUCGCUCUAAUAUAUCGAAGUAGUUUUGGAAUGGCUCCGCAAACACCAACACGAGUCAGUGGUCUAUUCCAAGAUACACUGGCGAUUUGUGACACCAGGUCGUGGGAGAGUAUAAUUCGAGGUGAUGAUAACGCAUCACGGUGUUUGGUGGACAAGGUCACCUGGUACAAGCAAUCUUCUACUGUGCAGCACGAGUUCCUUCAAUUCAUCAUAUGGUCUGAGGAUGGACGCCACGCGUCAAUCGUUCUAGCUGAGCCGGGUAUGUUUCGUGUUAAAUCAGACAGAAGACAAGAGUCUGUCGCGCAACCCGGCACUAUCAGCACUGCUAGUGCAACCCCCCCUGCUUCCGCGAGCCCAACCACAGCAGAUAUUGAUGGCGCGAUAGACACGGUAUAUGCCGCAACGUUCGGCAGUGGAGCUGCCACCGGCUUAGUCGUGAAAUGUAGUGGCGCAACUACUCUUCGUACACUAACAUUCCCCGUUGGCAGUACUCGACCAUCUGCCCAUGAACUGGCAACGCUACUUGUUGUGACGUCGGAUAACAAGUCAAGGUACAAUGUGAUGGGCAGCCAGUGCUGCGGGUUUGCCGAGACAGCUUUCGAGGCACUAAAGCGCCUAUUUCCGGAUGCAAGGGAAGAUAUCCAGUCGAGGCGAACAGUAACGGGGUAUGAUGCGCCGAUACCAAUUGCUGACCGUGUGGAUGCGGUUUGUACUGCGUAUCGUAAAAGAAACACAUUUUUAGUGGAGGAAGCCAAUAGAGACGGUGAACUGAGCAAGAGGUAGCGGUAGAGCGGGAUCGAGCUUUAGUGGAAGCUUUUGCAAGGCGAGCCCAAUUGGAGAAGUAACUCAACCGGAGGGAAGGCACUAGAGAAAGAGUGGUGGGUUCAGGGAAUGAGCACGACAUGUGGGGGCCAUGUGGCCCAUGUUAGUACCUUGCAGGCUUAUGCUAAUCCCAAAUUCGACGCCGAAUGUAUUGAAGUACAUAUGUAGUUACAAUUCAACCUCUGUUACGGUGAAAGCAUUAUAAUCCAUGGUUAUGAAAUGAGAACUUUAAAGUCAUGAGUCUGAGUUGCACUGUAACUAUUCCACAGCGAGACACAAGCGACAAGGUAG